AUGGCUACCGUAGCAAACUCUGUGCCUCACGAAAUUUUGGUCGAGGGUCUUCACAAUCGCUGGCAUCCCGACAUCCCAGCGUUUGCUACUGUUAAACCUGGCCAGGUUUUUGAUAUUCACUGUGUUGAUUGGACUGGUGCUCAGAUUGGCAACAACGAUACGAGCGACGAUAUCCAGAACAUCGACCUUAGUAAAAUUCAUAACCUAUCCGGUCCUAUAGCCGUUGAGGGUGCGGAGCCUGGGGAUUGUCUUGUUGUAGACAUUUUGGAUGUGAGGCCUUUUGACAAAAUGCCAUGGGGAUAUACGGGAAUUUUUGAACUGGAAAAUGGUGGUGGGCUCUUUGCUCGAGAAUUCAAUAGUAGAGCCGCGAAAGCCAUCUGGGAUUUCAAGGGUAUUUACGCUACAUCCAGACAUAUCCCAGGCGUUCGUUUCGCUGGAGUAUCCCAUCCAGGUCUAAUUGGAACUGCACCAUCCCACGAGCUUCUUGCGACUUGGAAUGCGAGGGAGGGUGCACUUAUAGAAGCGCAUGCUAACUCUGUCCCUCCCGUGGCGUAUGGCCCCUUGGAAAAGGGUGCAUACGUUGGACAAGAUCUCGAGGAAGAGGUAAUGAAGAAAAUUGCCAGAGAAGGUGCGAGAACAAUUCCAGGAAGGGAGCAUGGGGGUAACUGUGAUGUACAAGGCUCUCGAUGUUAUUUCCCUGUCUUCGUGAAAGGCGCCAAUCUCUCUGUUGGAGACUUGCACUUUUCUCAAGGUGAUCUGUCCUUCUGUGGUGCUAUCGAAAUGGCUGGUGUUAUAAAAUUCAGUACCAGUAUUAUCAAAGGUGGCAUAGAGAAGUUUGCCUUAAAACAACCCAUCUUUUUGCCUUCUCCUAUUGACCCUCUUUAUUCGUCAAAGCUGGUAUUUGAAGGCAUUAGUGUCGAUUACCAUGGCGAUGGAAAACAGUAUAACAUGGACGCGACUGUCGCUUAUAAGCAAGCUGCUCUCAAUGCCAUUGCGUAUUUGCAAAAAGCCUACCUUCUGUUGUCUGCUGCCCCGGUUGAGAGUCACGUCGGUGCCGUAGUCGAUUCGCCCAAUGCCUGUGUCACUCUGGCUCUUCCUCUCGGAAUCUUUGAGCAUGAUAUUUUACCGAAAGAAGAAGGCCUGACUAAACUCAACUUUGGUCAAUGUGCGGUCAGGAGCGAUGGUGUGCUGUGA